AUGUUCUUCUUCUUCGUGGCCCUGGUUGGCCUAUUUUCUUUCACCUUCGCUUUCCCGACUCCAGUCGAUUACAAUACCAAUAUGACCUCUACCGAUGAAAACGUCGGAAACAAAUUGAUGGGCAUCGUCAGCAACCGCGAAGGCGCCUGCGAUUAUGACGAUGAUAUGAAACGUGCCAAAGAGGCGGGCAUCGACGCCUUUGCACUAAACAUCGGCACCGACUCUUACGGCGACACUCAACUGAACUAUGCCUAUGAAUCCGCUGCCAACAACAGCAUGAAAGUGUUCCUCUCCUUCGACUUCAACUGGUGGCAAACCAGUCAAGGCAGUGAAGUCGGCCUUAAGAUCGCGCAGUAUGCAAAUCACCCCGCGCAGCUCAUGGUCGAUGGAAAGGUCUUUGUCUCAUCAUUUUCGGGCGACGGCGUCGAUGUCGAUGCAAUCAGAUCCACUGCUGGCAGCGAGAUCUUCUUUGCGCCGAAUUUCCGACCCGGUCAAAGUGAUUUCGAUAAGAUCGAUGGCGCUUUUAACUGGAUGGGUUGGGACAACGAUGGAAAUAACAAGGCUCCGACUGCUGAGCAGAAGGUUACCGUUUCAGAUAGCGAUGAGGUUUAUACUGAUGCUCUUCAGGGAAAAGCAUACAUUGCGCCCGUCUCGCCUUGGUUCUCGACCCAUUACGGCCCUGAGGUCUCUUACAGCAAGAACUGGGUGUUCCCUUCCGACCUCCUCUGGUAUGACCGGUGGAGGGAAAUCCUACGUCUCAGCCCUCGCUUUGUGGAGAUCAUCACCUGGAAUGACUAUGGCGAGUCACACUAUAUCGGCCCGCUGGCGUCACCACACACAGAUGACGGUGCCUCGAAGUGGGCAAUGGAUAUGCCCCACAACGGCUGGCUCGAUAUGGCAAAGCCCUUCAUCGCCGCCUACAAAGCAGGCUCGAGACUACCCAUCAGAUUCUUAGAGGAAGAGAAACUAGUUUACUGGUACCGGCCAACCAUGAAGAGCGCCGAUUGCGACGCAACCGACACAACAAUGCAAGGCAGCGCCAAUAACGACACCGGCAACUUCUUCCGCGGCCGGCCCGACGGCGCACACACAAUGAAUGACGAGGUUUUCGUCGUCACGAUGCUGAAGAUGCCCGCGCUGGUACGGGUGCAAUCUGGUGAUAAUACUGAGACCUACAUCGCACCUCCAGGAGUCUGGUCACACGCGGUGCCGAUGGGUGUGGGCAAGCAGAGUUUCAAGGUCACCCGCGGCUUCCGGACGAUUUUGUCGGGGACGAGCUUGAAGGAUGUUCUUGACACGUGCGUUUGCGGCAUCUACAACUUCAAUGCUUAUGUGGGCACUCUGCCGGCGGAGGAAACUAUUGACCAGUUGCAGCCGGCUGGGUUGACUAUGUUGACGGAUGGGUUGCGAGUGACGCCCCGGAUUAACACUCUGGGUCAAUAG